AUAGGUUAACACACAUGCCCCCCCUUUCGGAUUAUACCGUCACACGGAAUGAAUAUGAACUUGUGCGAUGAAAACUGGAGAUGAAUGCUUCAUCUCUGACCCACAUAAUGGCGAUAUAUCAGGCUGGGUAAACGGAUCUGAGCCGUGUUACCGCCUGCUCCUCCGCUGUGAGCUCCCGGUGCGGUGGGAGCUUUUAGCGGCGCGCCUCGUCUCUCAUCUUCCUCCGCCUGGACCUGACUCUCCUCUUCCAUCCUCUCUUCCUCUCUCCCUCUUUCCAUCUCGGUACCAGAGGGAGGAGAGGAGGGAAACACUGAGGCGACACACGCCGGGAAAAGGGGCGACGGAAACGGGAAAAGUGAGGCUGAGAGAUUACCCAGAGCUUCCUCUGUGGGAUUCCAAACUGAAGGUGCUGGAGAUACAGACAAUGGCAGCAACAUGUGGAGAGUCAGAGGGCCCAGUGUGAGGUGGAAGACCAUCCAGAGCUCCCCAGAGAGUCUCCGACAGGGUGCCGAUGUCAUGGCGGUGCCCAGUGCCCAAGAGUUUCACUGGCAGAGCCUGGCUCGACUGCCCAGCGGCCGUGUCUAUCACACUCUGUCUGAAGUGGGGGGGCAGAUGUACAUGCUGGGGGGCUGUGACGCUGCAGGAAGGCCAUGUCCAUCCCUGGAGCUCUACUCCCCAGAGGGGGACCGAUGGAUAAGCUUGCCCCAUAUGCCCACUCCUCGUGCUGGGGCAGCUGUGGCAGUUAUGGGAAAGCAGAUCCUGGUGGUGGGAGGGGUGGGAGAGGACCAGAGCCCUCUGAAGGUGGUGGAGAUGUAUAACACAGAGGAGGGGAGGUGGAGGAAGAGAAGUGCUCUACGGGAGGCACUGAUGGGUGUAUCCAUUACAGUGAAAGAUGGCCGUGCUCUGGCUCUAGGGGGAAUGUGUGCAGACCUGCUUCCCCGUAGUAUCCUGCAGCAGUAUGACCUUCGAAAAGACGUGUGGGCGCUACUUCCUCCGAUGCCGACCCCACGCUACGAUGCUAACACACAUCUGCUUGGCAAUAAGCUCUAUGUGGCAGGUGGCCGUCAGUGUAAGCGACCGUUAAAGGCCUUUGAGGUGUACGACACAGAGACGCGAUCUUGGACUACGCUACCCAUGAUGCCAUGCAAACGUUCCUAUGGGGGUGUGAUAUGGGACCCAGCUGGUAGGCUGUGCCUGUUAGGAGGACUGCGGCAGGGCGGGGGACACCAAAGCUCCAAGUUCACCAAGAACGUCAAUAUUUUUGACACCAACCAAGGCACCUGGCUGAAGUCAGAGGAGACAGUGGCGAUGAAAACAAAGAGAGCUGACUUUGCUGCUGCCUUCCUGCGUGGAAGGAUGGUGGUCGCAGGAGGACUUGGUCAUGAGCCUUCAGCACUAGACACUGUGGAGGCCUUUCAUCCUCAGAAGAAGAAGUGGGAAAGGUUAGCUCCAAUGAACUUCCCCAGAUGUUCCGCUUCUUCUAUCGUCAUCAGAGACCGCCUCCUGGUAGUGGGAGGAGUCAACCAGGUUCCCAGCUCGGCACACGAGAUCCUCUACAUUAAAGAAGAAGAGUAUCUGUAGCCUGUAGUGACUGACGCCCAGAUGAUCGCAGAUGAUCCGUGAUUCCACUUCCUCCUUCCCGAACACCCGUUGUGACUGUAGUGCAAUAUUUAAGAAGCAUCACAAACACUGAGAAAUGAGUGCAAGUCUGGCUGCCUGAUGUAAUGUAUCGGAUAAGACUGCCCCCUGCUGGGCGUAACUGGCACUGAGCCCCACAUGUCAGCACAUAGAUGCACAAUGGAGGAGCUGGCUCUUUCUUUUUACCGAGCUGAUCCUUGAUACCUUUAUGUAUGCAACACUUCUACAUUGUACACUGUAGUGCAUACUUGAGGAAGGAACUAUUUUGUAGCUAUCGUGUCUAUUCCUGUGGACAGAAGAUACGUGGAAGAUGUAUUUAUAUUGCAUAUAUAGCGGUUUCAUAUCUGCAUUCAUUUUAUUUACGUGUAGCUUGCCGACUAUUGAGCAAGGGUAGAUUUUAAUUUAGCUAAAUGACACAACUGCAAUCCUUAUCUCUAAUUUAAUAUGAUCUAGAAACAGUUGAGUGUUUGGUUAAUAAAAUAUUCAGUAACAACAUUUGCACUGAAUCAGUCAACACUGAGUGGGAGCUUUGCCUUCAAUUAUUUCUAGUGUAAUGUGUUGUAGUAAUUACACUUAGAAUGCUGUAAUAAAACUCCUCUGUGCUGUAAUAGUGCACAUUUGUGGCCAAAUGUAACACUUUGCAUCCAUGAAAUGAGACUUGUGUUAAAUAACCGUGUUUUUUGUGGUUAAACUAGUUACUGAAUUGCUGUUCUAAGCAAAAGAAGGAAUCCUGUGGGACUUACAGGCUGAUUGUAGACGUUUUAUUCCUGCAGCAAUACACUUUCUCUGCGUUUUAUAAUGUUGUGUAGUGCAGUGAUAUUGUAGUCGUCUCACUCAGGUUAUGUUCUAGGUUGACUUUUGUUUUUCUGUUCUUGUAGCUAACAACAAAAUCAUCUCUUUGGUUUAUGUUCUGUGACAGAUGAUUAAUCUAUGGAGUUUUAUAUUAAUUGUGAUGACAGUUCAGCCUUUGCAAAAUGUUAUCUCAGUCUGCACCGUGAUUAUGAUCAGUCAUCGUUCCUACACCCGAUCAUGCCACACCAUAGUGUAAACAUGUCAUAUUGUUAUAUUCAGUGAAAUAAAAGUUUGUAUUACACUUUUUUCCCCACAAGAUGGCAGCGGUGACACAUCAUUCUGAGUCGUUACGCUUUUUCACUCUGCCUACACAACACAUUACAGCUGCAUCACAGGCGGUCGAGGUCCAUUUGUUCAUAGAGACACGUUAAUAGCCUCUUGACAUUUAAAAAAAUAUUUAAUUGCUGUUAAGAAAUCUAUUUCACUUUAUUUCAGUUAAAAUGACCAGAAACACUGUUGAUAACGUGGACAUGCAUAUGUUUGCUGCACAGCCACAGUGCAGAUAUCCUUAACCCUUAUUGAAAUGCCUUGAAAUUCAUUGUGUUUUGGUGGAGCUGCGUUUUUUUUAUUAUUAUUAUUAUUGUAUGAUGAUUCCAAUUACUGUUGAGCCUCUUUGAAUA